AUGAGAUGUGCUUUAAGACCAUUGGAAAUUCAUGCAAUAUGGAUACAAACAGUAAAUGAACAUCCACUAUUUCUGCACGAAGGCGCUGGUCAAAUUCUUCUCAAUGAUUUUAUGACUGUUGUAAAAUACUUAUUAGAAGAAGAUCGAACAAAGAAAGAUUUCGAUAAUACUAUUCCCGAUGAAGAGCAAAAACAACAACAAGUUAAUGAUUUCCUGAAAAAAACUGUUUGA